UCUUUUUUUUCACUUUGCAUAUGUUGCACUUUUUUUUGUCGUUCUCCUCACCUAACCCAUUUUUCUUUAAUUGUUAAAAACCGUGUUAAUAAUUUUAUAAUACAUACAAAAAUUAACAAAUAGGUAUUUUAAAACAAAAACCUGAAAUCAAUGCAAUUUCAGCGAAAUGGUUGUAAAAGAAAUUGAAAAUACAUCAGUUGUUGAUUGGGUUGGUGCUCAAUUAACUGGAAUUCAUGUUCCACAUUUGGAGCAUAAACAAGUUUAUUUUUAUAAAAAAUGUGUCUUUGGUCCAAUGACCAUUGCAGUUGGUGACUUUGUCCUUGUCUCGAACGCCGACGCUGCCGAACCCGACACUGAUUCUGGCUGUGAUAUUGCAAAGGUGCUCUAUCUCUAUGAACUCUAUGACACAAAUUCAAAUAAAGAUCCUUAUCGUGCAGUAGUUCAAUGGUAUUCUAGACCUGAAUGUGUUCCAAUGAAAUUUUUCGAUAGAGACGAUCUAUGUAUUGAUUUUAACCUUGAAGUCAUUGAAGAAUAUCGUCCAUACGAUCACGAUAUUUCAAUUGAAACGAUUUUUCGCAAAUGCUAUGUCGUUACGGGCAGUUCCCAAGACUCAGCAUCUGGAUUAUUAGCAAAAAUUAACAGAACCAAAAACUGUCCAAUGUUUGUGUGUCGAUAUAAAUUUAUUAAGCUUAAAAACUCUUCUUAUACUUUGGUGCCAUUGGAAUAUUUUGAAGAAGAAUUUUCUGAAAAACGUUCAGCAAGAAAAAGCGUAUCGCGUCGACAAUCAACUUCAAAGUCAAGUGCUAAAAAGAAACGCACAAGUGAAGUGGAAUUUGUCGAUGUUGAUCGCAUGGAUGAGAAUAAAGUAUCACCAAUUAAGAUAGUUGGGGGCAAUAGUGUGGUAAAACUAUCAUCAAAGAAAAUGACUUCGUCGACAAAUAAGGAAAUUAAUGCUAAUUAUUUGAGUUCACCAUUGACAGAGAAGAAUCAAUGUCCGAUAACUCCGACUUCGGCUAAGGCAUUGGCAGCAAGGAGGAAUUUGAAUAUUAGUUUGGAUAAUGCAGCUGCAAAUUUGACUCACGAUUCAGAUAUAAUGAAUUAUUCAAUUAUUAAAAGCACACCGGAAAGUACGAGUCAAAAUUUAAAAAUUAAGCUUCGAUUGUCGGAAUCACAAAAAGGACCUAAUGUUGUUACACGGCGUUCGUCUAUGCGCAAAUCAAUUGAAGAACAUAUAGAAGAUGUCAACCCAUUAAGUGGAAUGCAUAAAGAAAGAAAACGUUUGGCAGCAGAUGAUGUUUCAUACGUAGACAUUUAUCAUACACCUUCGAAAAAAACCAAAGAUACCGAUGAAGUCACUAAGUCUACAAGACGAAAAAGUAUUCUCAAAUCAGCCAGUAGUCGUGUUGCUGAAGGAACUCCUAAACGAAACAUUCAACUUUCUAACAUUGUUGAGAGGAGAAUUUUUAUAAAUGAUGAUGCUGUUAUGUCGACACCCAAAAGAGGUCGCCCCCCGAAGAGGAAAGAUGGUAAUGAGGCAUCCGAUGAAGAAUAUUCUGCCCCAAAAACCCCAACACGCAAAAGUCCUGCAAGCAAGCACACAUCACCUGAAGCUACCCAAAUGACUCCAUCACAAAAACUUAAACUAAUGCGUUCGGGUAGCUUAAAAGCAACCAUCGAUAGUCGUCAGGCAUCCAAAACGGAUCGUCGCAAAUCUGAUUUACAAAUAGCUCGUGAGAGAUUACACGUUUCAGUAGUGCCCAAGAGCUUGCCAUGUCGUGAAACAGAGUUCCUCAAUAUUUAUACAUUUCUUGAGGGCAAAAUCCAAGACCAAUGUGGUGGUUGUAUGUAUGUUUCAGGAGUACCUGGAACUGGAAAAACUGCCACAGUCACAGGAGUAAUUCGUGAAUUGCAGCGUGUUAGUGCCGAAGAUAAAUUGCCUGAUUUCGAAUUUAUAGAAAUCAACGGAAUGCGACUGACAGAACCACGACAGGCGUAUGUUCAAAUUUAUCGACAGCUUACUGGGAAAACCGUGUCCUGGGAACAUGCUCAUUCGUUGUUAGAAAAGAGAUUCACCACUCCAGCGCCAAGACGAACAACAACUGUGCUUUUGGUUGAUGAAUUGGAUAUAUUGUGUAAUCGGCGACAAGAUGUUGUAUAUAAUUUGUUAGAUUGGCCAACAAAGUCUGCUGCUCGUUUAGUUGUUGUUACUAUUGCAAAUACUAUGGAUUUACCAGAAAGACUUUUAAUGGGUAAGGUAACAUCUCGUCUUGGUCUUACUCGACUCACCUUCCAACCAUAUUCACACAAACAGCUGCAGGAAAUUGUUAUUGGUAGAUUAAGUGGCUCAGAAGCAUUUAAAGGUGAUGCUGUGCAACUGGUUGCAAGAAAAGUCGCCGCAGUGUCUGGUGACGCUCGUCGAGCUCUUGACAUUUGUCGACGAGCAACUGAAAUCGCCGAUGCACAGACAACGGAUGCUAAAAUUGUCAAUAUGAUGCACGUGCAACAGGCUUUAAGUGAAAUGAUUUCAAGUGCGAAAGUGCUCGCUAUAAAAAAAUGUUCCAGACUUGAACAGAUUUUCCUUCAAGCUGUUGUAGCAGAGGUCACUCGAACAGGUGUCGAAGAGACCAACUUUAUGGGAGUUUAUUCACAAAUUGAAACUAUAUCUGCAUUUAUGGGCGCUCCUGUACCUACUCCAGGACUUGCUUUAAGGAUUUGUUCGAAGCUUGGAGCUGAAAGACUGAUCAUCUGUGAACAUUCAAGAACUGAUAUCUUUCAAAAAAUUUUACUAAAUGUUAGCAUGGACGAUAUUCAUUAUGCCCUCAGAGUUGAAUCUAAUUAAUUAAUUUAUAUACAUUUAUUUAUAACUUUUAAUUUACUCAGACCACGCACAUAAGUUAAGUUUUAAGUUUGAAUUAUUAAAAAAUAAAUAAUCAGAAAAAUAAAAAAAAUGUUAUUUAUUAA